AUGGCAGUUAGAGAGGGUAUCGGAGAUAGAAGGAGAGAAGCGGCAGUUUACAGACAUCUUGGUAAAAUUUCUUGUCAGCGUGGUGAAUAUGACAAGGCUCAAGAAUAUUACGAGAAAGCCCUCACAAUUCACAUGGAAAUCGGCGAGAGAGAAGGAGUAGUAGUAAUCUAUGUCGAUUUAGGAUUGUGUUUUACAUCGCUUGGUAAAAAUGACAUAGCCGAAGAGUACUUUAAGCAGGCUCUCCUAUUAAGUAGGGAUAUUGGACAACACUUGCACGAGUUUUACUCUCUUCGUUAUCUAUCGGUGUUUAAGGUGUCACAAUGUAAUCUUGAAGAGGCUUCUUCGUAUCUUUUUCAAGGCAUCCAAAAGUUCGACACUUUGAGAGGUUUUCUUAAAGAAAACGAUCAGUUUCAAAUAUCUCUUUUAGAAGAGCACAGCACCUUUCCCUACAUGUUGUUCAGUUGGUUGCUUUCUUCCACUGGUAAGCCGCAAGACGCCCUUUAUGUCGAAGAGCUUAAAAGGGCAAGAGGCCUGGCCGACCUGAUGGCAGCUCGGUACUCUGUUCAAGAGCAGAUCUCGAGCGAUAGACAAUCUUGGUGCGGUAUUCAAGGGAUCAUCACAAAAGAAGCAGACUGUGCAUGCCUGUACAUUUCGGUUGGUCAAAAUGGGGUACGGUUUUGGAUCAUUAAAGCAACCGGAGCUAUUCAUUUUUCAGAAAAGGAAGCGAGCCUGGACAAAAAGAAGGUGACUGGAAUAGUCCCUGAGUUAGAUGACUUCUUUAAAGAAGCCUUUCGCAGCCACGCCAUUUUACCCGUACAGUGUUGCGAAGAUCGAUCUUUAGAUGACACCGAACUGAUGUCACUUCACUACGACAACCGCUCAGUGCUGCGUGACUACGAUGCCGAAGAUUUCAAAACAAGUCUUCACUUGUGUUACAACAUAAUCAUCGCUCCUGUGGCCAGUUUACUGAAGCAGCCCGAGAUCAUAAUUGUCCCUGAUUCCUGUGUGUACCAAGUGCCAUUUGCUGCCUUGGCUGACGAAGGAGUCAAGUAUUUAUCAGAGACAUGCAGGAUUCGGCUAGUUCCCUCUCUCACGACUCUCAAGCUUGUUCAAGACAGUCCUCCAGACUAUCACAGUGAGACUGGGGCACUGAUAGUGGGUGACCCUGUGGUUGGAAAGGUGAUUUACAAGGGGAGGUGCCGAGAUAUGACACCAUUGCCAUGUGCAAGAAAGGAAGCAGAGAUGAUUGGAACACUUCUUGGCGUAACGCCUUUGAUAAGAGAUUCCGCGACAAAGCAUUCUGUACUCCAAGCGAUAAAUUCAGUGAGUCUGAUACACAUCGCUGCCCAUGAUGAUGCCGAAAGAGGGGAGAUUACUCUUUCUCCUAGGCACCCUACCCUACUCCCACCUUUUCCUCGAGAAGAAGAGUAUCUUUUGACGAUGGAAGAUAUUUCAAAGACUCGGUUGCGAGCUAAACUAGUGGUGCUUAGUUGUUGUCACAGUGCUUGUGGACAGAUUAGAACCGAAGGAGUAAUUGGAAUUGCCCGAGCGUUCUUGGGAUCCGGAGCUCGUUCAGUGUUGGCGGCACGAUGGGCCCUGGAUGACACAGCCACAGAGCAGUUCAUGACUUGUUUCUACAAACAUUUGUUCCGCGGUGAAAGCGCCAGUGAGUCUCUCCACAAGGCCAGGAAGUGGAUGAGAAAUAACGGCUUUGACAAAGUUUCUCAAUGGACACCAUUUAUGAUCAUGGGCGACAACGUGACAUUUGAUUUUGGAAAUUGGCCGGUGCCUAGCGCACCUUAA